UGGGAGAGCAGAAGAUAGUAAAAUGCGGGGUCCCAGGGAGAGCAGAUAUAGUGAAUGCGGGGGUCCGGGGAGAGCAGAUAUAGUGAAUGCGGGGUCCAAAAGAGAGAUGAUAUAGUGAAUGCGGGGUCCGGGAGACGAGCAGAUAUAGUGAAUGCGGGGUCCGGGGAGAGCGGAUAUAGUGAAUGCGGGGUCCAAAAGAGAGAGGAUAUAGUGAAUGCGGGGUCCAGGGAGACGGAUAAAUAGAGAAUGCGGGUCUGGAAGAGCGAAUAUAAUGAAUGCGGGUCCGGGGAGAGCGGAUUAUAGGGGGCGGAUAUAUGAAUGCGGGGUCCGGGGAGCAGGGGCCGGGGAGAGCGGAUAUAGUGAAUGCGGGGUCCGGGGGGAAGCGGGUAUAUGAAUGCGGGGGCCGGGGGGAGCGGAUAUUG